AUGGCACCAGCCCGAAAUGAAUCCACACCCAAGAAAGCACUAGUCUUUCUCCCAGCGCCAGGGAUUGGUCAUCUCGUAUCAGUCAUGGAGUUUGCAAAACGUUUGAUUGAAAGAGAUGACAGUUUCUCCAUUACAAUGCUUCUCAUGUCUCCACCAUUUGCCCACAAUGUUACAACAUAUGUUGAGAAACUUAGUGUAUCUCACCCUGAAUUUCAAUUCCUUGGUCUUCCUUCUGUAACCCCACCACCUCUAGAAGAUGUUCUUGCUUGUCCUGAACAUUUUGUUUCAGUUUUCAUUGCUGAUCAUAAAACCCACGUUAAGGAUCUGAUUGUUAACCAUGUUUUGUCCAACAAGUCAGUCAAACUUGCCGGUUUGGUUCUUGAUUUGUUUUGUACUGCCUUUGUUGAUGUUGCGAAAGAUCUUGGUGUCCCUUCUUAUAUUUUCUUUGCUUCUGGUGCUGCUUUUCUUGGUUCUAUGCUUUACCUUCCUGAUAGAUUUGACAACGGAGGGAUCACCUACAAGCCAACUGAUCCCGACUCACUCAUUCCUAGUUACAUCAACCCUGUUCCUUCCUCUGUUUUGCCUACUCUGUUGUUCCAUGAAGGAGGGUACUCAACUUUUGUUGGGCAUGCCAGAAAAUUCAAGGAGGCAAAGGGUAUCAUUGUGAAUACAUUUGCUGAGCUAGAAUCCCAUGCCGUCAACUAUCUCAAGGGUGAGUCAAGCGUGCCCCCAGUUUACACCGUCGGACCAGUGGUUGAUCACAAGGGCAACAGUCCAGUAGCUGACGGGAACCAACGUGAUGAGAUCUUGACAUAUCUUGACGCUCAGCCAGAAAAAUCAGUGGUGUUCUUGUGCUUCGGAAGUCAAGGGAGCUUCGGCGUGCCUCAAUUGAAAGAGAUUGCACUUGGGCUCGAGCAAAGCGGACAAAGGUUCUUGUGGUCUAUUAGAAGACCACCAUCUACCGAAUCAUUGAACCCAAGUGAGGUUAAUGAUUUUAGUGAGCUUCUGCCAGAAGGGUUCUUGGAAAGGACUAAAGACGUCGGACUGGUUUGUGGCUGGGCACCGCAAGUUGAGGUUUUAGCCCAUAAAGCAACCGGUGCGUUUGUGUCACAUUGCGGGUGGAACUCAAUCUUGGAGAGUACUUGGUAUGGUGUGCCUAUAGUGACAUGGCCUUUGUAUGGUGAGCAGCAAAUCAAUGCGUUCCAACUGGUUAAGGAUGCAGGAGUUGCAGUUGAAGUGAGGAUGGACUAUAGAAAGGAUACUAGUGAUGUUGUGAAGGCAGAGCAAGUAGCGAAAGCAGUGAAAGAUGUGAUUGAAGGUGCUAGUGAGGUGAAAAGCAAGGUGAAAGCAAUGAGUGAAAUUGGCAGGAAAGCUUUGUUGGAGGGUGGAUCUUCAUUUGUGGCAUUUGAAACCUUGGUUGGUGUUUUGUCAGGUAACAGCAAGGCUUGA